AAUUAUCGAGUCCUCAGACUUCUUCCUACUUUACUAUUCGCUCUUUUUCUCUCCCUUCAAUUCAAGACAAUAGACAUGGACGCUGCAGCGGCUAUAAAUGUGUAUCCAUUCCACCGCACUAAAACUAUUCAUCUGGUGAGACAUGCCCAGGGAUUUCAUAAUUUGAAUGAGAGUUUAGAAUUUCUUCUAUCUGAGGAGUUUUUUGAUGCUCGGCUUACCCCUUUAGGAUGGGAACAGGUUGACACUCUACGCAAACAUGUACAAUCACGUGGAAUUUCUAAGAAAAUUGAGUUGGUCAUCACAUCCCCUAUGUCAAGGACUAUUGAAACAGCUGUUGGAACCUUCGGUGGUGAAGAGCCAUCGGAUGAUUUAAAUGUUCCUCUCUUAAUGGUGGAAAAUGCAGGGGAUAACAACCGUCCAGCAAUAUCAAGUUUGAACUGCCCACCAUUUUUAGCAAUUGAGGAUUGUCGGGAAGUUAUUGGCGUUUUUCCAAAUUGUAGGAGGCGAAGCAUUAGCGAGUAUCGGCCUCUUUACCCUGGCAUUGAUUUUUCAAUGAUUGAACAUGAUGAAGAUGUUUUGUGGAAGCGAGACAUCCUUGAGACCCCGGACGAAAUGGCUUCUAGGGGACUGAAGUUUUUGAAAUGGCUGUUGACUCUGAAUGAGAAGGAAAUCGCGGUUGUCAGUCAUAGUGGAUUCUUAUUUGAAUCGAUGCGUGAAUUUGGAAACGAUUGCGAUGUAUUUAUACAGAGUGAAAUCCGCGAACAUUUUGCCAACGCUGAGCUUCGUUCCAUUAUUCUUAUCGAUAGGAGUAGGAUCGGGUCAGACUCCUCGAAUAAUUUCCCGGGAGGAAUACCGCGAGGGCUCGAUCUUCCUGUCGACAUUGCAAUUAAGAAGAAUCCGGAAUUUCAGAAACGCCUGAAAUGUUAUCCUAAGAAGUAGUUAAGUGGGAUCAAUAAAAAUUUCUAAUUACCUUCUUAUUCCUUUCUUUGAGAGCUUUGUUGAAUUCUAAGAAAUUUUGUUCACAAAGUUAUUAUCUUUUGGGAUUGUUGAGACUUUAGAUUUAGAGUAAAUGUGUCCAGCUGUGUCUUUCAGGGAGUACAUGUAUUUGCGUGUAUUUUAUGUGUCAGUUCAUUGCAGGCCAUCUUUUCUAUUCGAGUACAUGUAUUUGCCUGUAUCUUAUGUGCCAGUUUCAUUACAGGCGACCUUUUCUAUUCCGUUUAAUAAAAUUAAGAACAUUUUCUAUUUCA